CUUCGACUUUGCCUUCCAUGUCGUCCAUAUUAAUAUACUUUCAAAGCCUAAUUCAAAGCGAGGCUAGCGACUCGCAACUCGCAGCUCGCAAAAUAGCCGACCCCAAACGUACCUUCUCAUAUAACAUUGCUCUGUUAAUUCCACGAAGAGAGGAAUCAAUCUUGUCCAACUUUUGUGCGGGUCUAUUUUGUCAUACUAUAAGAAUAAAUUCAUUGUCUAUAUUUGCAGAAAAAGAAGCUUUGGAACAAAGAGCGAAACGGUUAAGUAUUGAAGGAAGUGCAACUAACGAUGAAAGUGAAAAAGACAGAAAUCUCGAAAUUUUGCAGGAUCAACUAAAACACCUAGAAGAGGAAAAGAAAUAUCUUAACGAAAAAAUCCAUGAUUUUGAACACGAGACUGCAGGACUUGCCCGGAUGUUUGGAAUGCAACAAGAAAAAUUCGAAUAUGAGAUAAAGAAUAAAGAUACAAUUAUCAAAGCUAUCGAAAAAGAAAGAAAACGUUUGGAAGAAGAAUUGGAAACCACCAGAAAUGACUUAGGAAAAUUGAAAAACGAAAGUGAAUCUGAAAACGAGCUUGUCGAAAAUCUCAAGACGUCGAUGCAUGUAAAAGAUGAAGAAGUUUUGAAUCUUUCACAUUUACACGAUGAUGCCAAAAAGCUACUCAAGGAAAUAGAAGAAAAGCUUACAAUGUCUGAUGAGAACUUGAGGAAGGAACGAUCUAAGAACAAGGUGCUUGAAGAGAACACUGGCAGUUACAUGGAUAAUAUAGAAGCUCUGAGCGAAGAAAACAGACAUCUUAAAACAGAAAUCAGUCACCUUCGUAAUGCCCAAAGAAACGUUAGUCAAGAGAAAAGUCAAGUGGAAAAAGAAAUACAAAAGUUAAACGACCAGAUUGAAUGUUUACAAAAUAAACUUCAAGAAAGUGCAAGGAAUCAUGUCAAAUUAGAAGUAUGUAAUGCAAAAUUGAAACAAGAUAAGAAUGAUAAGGAGUCUGAAAUACGAAAGUUGGAGAAAAAAGACGUAGACUUGCGAACUGAUAUAGAAAAACUGAAGAAGGAAAUUGUUUUAGUAGAAGAUCAGAAGCAUGCUUUGGAAAGCAAGAUGAGUCUUGUUCAAGCAGAAAUGAAGAACUUGGAAAGGUUGAGAGAAAGGCUUGAACAAGAAUUAUUUGACUCACACAAACGUCUAGAGAAAGCAGAAGAAAAUCUUGAAAGAAGAACCAUCGAAAAAGGAAAAUUAGAGGAAGAAGUUCAGGCCUUAGAGCAAGUUAUAAACGAUCUUUUGAUUAAGAAUAGACAAGAAAAUGAAUGUUUAGAGAAAGCGGAAGAAAAUUUGGAAAAUGAAACUAAAGAAAAAGAGAAACUAGAAGAAGCAGUCCAAGCUUUGGACCAGGUGAUAAAUGAUCUAAAGAAAAGUAUUAAACAGCAGAAUAAUUUUCUCGAGGAAACGAAACGGGAAUUAGAUACAGUUAUUGCAACGAAACAACAACUUUUGUUGGAAGUAGAAAAGCUCGAAAAUGCCAACAAAGAUUUGAAGAUAAAGAUCAAUACGCUUUCCCAAGAUAUUGAAAACGUGCAUGGUGUUUGUGAAACUAAAGCGAAAAAACUUGAAGAUUUGGAGCGAACUCUGAAUGAAAAAUCAAGAAUCAUUCUAUCGCAUGAAAAUAAAGAAAAAGAGCUUCAAAAUCGUAUUGAAGAACUACUAAAUAUUGACGCAAUUGGUGCAAGUGAGUUGAAAAUCGCCAGGGAGGAAAUAACAAAGCUCCGUAAAGAGAACGCCAAUAUCGAGGAGAACUAUGAGAAAACUACUGUACAGUUCCAGGAAUGCCUACAGGAGCUGAGCAAAAAAAACGAGAUGUAUAUGAAGAGCAGGACACACAAUGAGAAACAGGUGGAAGAGUUAACUCGCUUUAGAGAACUUAAUGCUGAAAUUAAUGAUGAAUUGAGGAAUCGCAAUGACGAAAUUGGUUUGCUGACUAUGGAAAAAGACGAACUUCAAAGAGAGUUGGCAUCUAAGCAGAAUUUGAUAGAAAAAAAAUCUUUAAUGCAAUCAAAUCUAAAAGAGGAAGUGGAGUCAAUGAAAAUUCACAUAGAGAAAUGCAAAGAGAACGAAAAGGAAACAUUUCAAAAGUUGUCAGAAGCAAAGAGGAAGCACGAGACAGCAAUAAGACAUCUUGACAAUGAAAGAGACGAGAAAAACGAUUUGGAAUCACAACUGAAGUACAGUCGGGAGAAGGUUGAGCGAUGGAAGAAACUUAGUUUUGAAAUAAAAGACGAAAGAAAUAGGUUACAAAUGCAAAUAACAGAAUUAGACAGAAAUCUUAAUGAGAAGCAUUCAAAUUUGGCAGAAGAAAAGUCAAGCUUAGAAAAAGAAAUGGGAACUUUGAAAAAUAUUGUUAAACGAUUAAAAUCCAAUGAAGAAAACUUGAGAUGGAAAAUUGAGGAGCUUCGUGACGAGGUUGACAAACUGUCUGAUGUUAAUUCUGAACAGGAAAUGGAAAUUCGUAAACUCUCCCACGAGAAGGAAAGAAUGAUGGAAAAUUUUGUCAUGUUAAAAAGUGUUGCGGAGGAAAACGCUGCAUUACAAAACGAAUGUAAAGAAAUUAAUUGCGAAAGAAUUAAGUUGAACAAUCAUGUCGAUACUCUUCAGGACAAAGCAAAGAAUAUCGGAGAUGAAAAUGAGAGAUUGCAAAAAGAGUUAAAAAUACUCCAAGAUCAGUUUGACGUUAUGCAAGAGCGUCUACUGGAAACAACACAAGAAUGCAAACAACUGAAGAACGAAUGUAAUAUCGUUAAGAAUAACACAUCAGAAUUAAUGGAGGAGAAAGAAAGAUUGUUUAACGAGAACUGUCGACUUAAAGAAAAGAAAAACAGCACUAUUCAAGACAGAAACAAACUUCAAGACAUGAUCGAGUCUUUAGAUAAAUGCCACAGCGAAAAGAAUGAUGCGUUAUCACGACAAAUUUCUUUGCUAGAAAAUGAAUUGGCAUCACGUCGAUCAGAAAUAAAGAGAUGCGAGGAGAAAGAAUCGAAAUUGCUGAAUGAAAUACAAGAACUGAACGAGAAGACUGAAAACUCUAUGGAAGAAAAUGAUAAGAUUAACGGCUUGUUGAAAAAGACAGAUGGUGAAAAUAUUCGCUUGAGAGAGAAAGUUGCAGAUUUGGCAAAGUUGGUUGAGCAGAUUGAACAGGAAAGAGAGUUGAGAAUAAAUCUAGAAACAGAAUUGAACGGAAGGGAGAAAUUAUUGAAUAAAUAUAAAACAAGCAAGAAAAAGCUCAAUGAUUUAAUAUCCACGUUGUAUCGCCAACAAAAUGAACUAAAAGAUGAACUACGAAAUAAAGAAAGAGAGCAUAUUGAUCUGAACGAUACCCUAGAAACCGAGCGAAGUGAUAAACUUAAAUGUAAGGACGUAAUAGGACAACUUGAAGAAGAACUAAAAACCACAAAAACUAGGGCACUCAAGUGCAUUAAUGAGAUGCAAAAUGAGAAAGAAAAGAAUGAACAAGCAGAAUUGGCUCUUACUAGAAUAAAAAAAGAAAGAAACGAUUUUAAAGAAAUUUCAAGAAGAAAUGAAUAUGAGUACAACGGGAAGAUUAAGGGUUUAGAAAGUGAAACACGUGAACUCUUGGACAAAAUAGAAAUGUUACAAAAUGAAAACGACGAAGCGAAACUUUGUAACGUGAAUUUAGAUAUUAAAAUACAAAAUCUUGAAGAAGAAAUGCGUUCACUUACGGAAACAAAAAGUCAGCUUGUUGAAAAACUAAGGAAAAAGGAUGAACAGUUAGUUGACAUAGCAAAGGAAAAUAACACAAUAACAGAGGAAAACAAACGCUUACAAGAACAUGCCGAGAAUAUUGAUAUGAUAAUUUCUUUACAGAAUUCUGCUGCGUUAGAUCAGGCAUCAGGAAUGGAAAAAGAAAUUAAAAUCCUGCAUGAUACUUUAACACAGCUUCAAAAUACUAGGGAUAUUAAUCGUUCCGAAAUUGACGAGCUGAGAAGGAACUUAAAGACUGCAAAUGAAGAUAGAAUGAAUACAGAAGUGAAGCUGAAUGACAAUCGACUAGAGCGAGAGAGACUUGAAAGUAAAACUAAUGAAUUGUUGAGCAAUUGUGCAAGGCUUGAAAAUUUAGUAAAAGAAGGAGUGCAACUAAAAUUAGAGAAAGCAGACAAGGAACGGUUGUUGGAAUCUGCACAGCAAACGAAUCGAGUUCUAGACGUAGAACUAGCUGGUAAAACUCGGGAGAUUUUGGAGAAAGAACGAGUUCUGGAAAACCUCAAAGAAGACAUAUGUGAUUAUAAGGAGACGAUAGAAAAGCUUGACGCCUCAAAGAAAGGACUUAUUGCUUCAGUUGAAGAACUUUCACAAAUUAAUGACGAAGGCUUAAAAGAAUUUAAGCUUAAGAGUGACAAGAAUGAACAACUACUUUUAGAGAAAAAUCGUUUGACUGAAUUAGUUGUUUUUCAUAAAGACGAGAUGGAAAAUUUAAAGAGAGAAACAGAUGAAAUCAAAACUGAACUACAGUUCAAAAUUCAAGAGGCAGAAAAUGACAAAUUUCAGUUGCAAAGUGACGUAAAUAUGAAAGAGGAAAAUCUUCAUCGACUGACAGAGAAGAGUAAUGAACUUCAGGAAAGUUUAAAGAACGUUAAAGAAGAAGUUGAUGACUUGGAAAACGAAAAUGAAGAUCUUUUAGCUGAAUCCGAACAAUUGAAAGAAGUCAACAAAAAGGCAAAAGAAGCUCUCUAUACUCUGCAAAGUGAGCACAGUGUUCUUCAAGAAGAACUACGUGAGAAGGAGAACAGCUGGAAUGAAGAGAGAGGGAAGGUAUCGCUGGAGAUAUUUAAAAUGGAGACAGACAUCACAAACUUAAAUGGUCGACUAACUCAAGCUAACGAGCGAAAUGAAAAACAACGAGAGUUGGAGAAAAUGCUUCGCUUAGAAAUCGACGAAUUAAGCGAUGGCUAUGUUGAACUUGAAGAGGAAGUACAGCAUCGUAACGAUGAAAACCUUUCGUUAAAGGAGAAGUUACAAACAUUUUUACAGAAUAUUGAAGAGCUAGAACUUGCUCGGGAUACAGCUUGUCUUUUAAAAGAAAAACGACAUUGUGAGCUACUUAAGUCUGAGAAGAAUGUCCAACGCUUGGAAAAACAUUUAAAAGAGAAACAGAAAACCAACAAGAAGCUCCAGAAAGAGUUGGAUUCCGUUGUCGAGAAAGAAAAAUUUUUGGAGCUGCAGAUAUCUGCAGAAAAAGAGCUGAGUGGUCAACGUUUAAAACAAAUACAAGAUUUGCAGAAUUUGCAGCGUAAGGUGGACGAACAAUUGUGGAAAGCAAAACGAGAUACCGAGAAGCUUGGAACAGAAAUCGAAACAUGGCGUACCAGUAGUGAUUCCAUGAAAGUUAGAAUUGAAACGUUAGAAGACGAGUUGAAUAAAACAGCAAAUGAAAAGCAGAUGGUUUCAGAGCUUUAUGAAGAAGCAAAGAAGAUAAGCGAAACAAAAGCGGAACAAAUUCGUAAAUUAAAAUCCAACUUUUCCGAGAAAACGGCAGGUUUUGAAGCAAUUAUUGGUGAAAUGAACAACGAAAAAUCUGAUUUUAACCAAACAUUAAACAACCUUGAAAAACUACUUGAAAAGAAGUCAGUUGAGAUUGCGACUUCGGAAGAAAUAGUUGAAGUCAUUAGUAAUAAAUAUGAAGACUCCUUAUUGGUGACCUCGUUACUGCAUAAUGAUAUUCAGAGAAAGGAUGAAAGAAUUGCGGAGCUUGAAGAGAGGAAGAAACAAGUAACGAAUUUACUAACUGACUUAGAUUCAAAGAUUGCAGAAAUUCAAGUCCAAGCGAAGGGUCUUGAAACAGAUAAUGAGUUCCUUCGACAACAACUUACCAGAGCAAUUACGUCAAACGAGAAUUUAAGAAAAAAGUUGGAAGAUGAACAACGAUUAUUUGCUGAGAAAUAUGAAAAGAGUUCGCGAGAAAUUCAGUAUCUUCAAGAGAUGAAAGACCACUUUGUGCAACUCGCCUUGGAAGCAAACGGCAAAAUUGAAGAUCAAAACAGCGCAUUGAUGAAACUGCAAGCAGACUAUGAGAAACUAAUUUCAGAUAAACAUUGUCUAAAUAACACCAAGGUACGUCUGGAGAACGAAUUAUGGGAGACGAAAUCACAGGAAGAAAAACUGAAACAAACUUUAAACAUUGAAAAAAAGAAGACUGAUAAGCAAAGCUUAGAAAUCGAACAUCUCUUAAAAGAUUGCGAGUCUUUGACGGCAAAACAUUCACUUGCGUCUGAAGAACAUAAGGAAACGGAGAAAAAGUUAAUGAAAACAAACGCUGUUUGUCAGGAAUUGGAAGAUUUUUUGGAAGAAAGAAAUGCAGAGAUUUUAAAAAUUCGGGAACAAUGCAAAAACUGGAAAGAUAAAGCAAAUCAAAUCGAAGAAUCUCUUUCUGUUUCGAUUGCACAAAAUGAGAAACUCCUACAAAUAAGAAAUGAAGAAAUCAGAUCGUUAACUGCUGCAAACAAGAAAUUGAAAAAUAUGAUUGAUGAAGUCAAGCCAGAUUUAGACGAACAAACUGCAAGAAAUAAUACCAAUGAAUUCGAAAAUAAAAAUUUGAAAGAGAAACUCGAACAGAAACAGGAAUGUUUUAAUGAUUUAGAAGUUUUGUAUAAAAAUACGAUGAAUUCAAAAGAUUCGUUAGAAGUUGAGAAGAAGGGAUUGUUAACAAAAAUUAAGACUACUUCAAGAAAUUUAGAAACACUACAGAUUGCAAGGCAACAACUUAUAACUGAAAACAAAGAGUUGAAUGGUGUCGUGAAAGCAAAAGAAAAAGAACUUGAAGAACGUUGUAACUCAUUUCGGAUGACUGAACAAAAAUUGGACGAAGAAAUAUCUGACCACAAGACAACUGUAGAAAACUUAUUAGUUGAAAACAGUGAUCUUCGACAGAAAGUGAACGUUAGGAAUACACAACUGAAGGAAACAAAAAUUUCAUUGGCAGAAAUUAGUCGAAAACUAGAAGAUCAAGAAAAAGAAAACAAGAGGCUUAAUUCGGCAAUAAAAAACUUAAAUUUUGAAAGAAAUUGUUUAGCAGACGUGAAUUUAAAAGUUAGUGAUGCUCUUGGUAAACUGAAAAAUGAAUCAGGAAGAAAGCAAACACAACAAGAAAAAAAACUUCUGGAAUCUGACAAGAAUGCAUUAAAUGAACACGGUGAAUCAGACUUCUCGUGGCAAUCGAAACAAGUCUACUCAAUGAAGAGUUUUGAAUUACAAAACAAUUUUUUACAAGUUGAAAAUGAAAUACACACUCUCCGAUCUCUCGUUUCUAACAAGGAGAACGAGAUUACUCGUCUUGAAGUAUCACUUGACUUGCUACAAAACGAAAUGGAUGUGCAGUGUUCGCUAGUAUCCAACUAUAAGCAAAAAUUUGAGGAUGAAUGUAAGCGGCGGGAAAACGCGUUGGAAAUUACUAAACAACUGGAAGCCGAUUUGGAACAUUUGAAAGAAGAAAAAUAUUCCAUUGCAACAGAAUCACAAGAAAAAUUAAUGCAUGUCCAACAUGAACUCCUUGCUAAUGAGCUCGUGAUUUGUGAUUUACGCGGGAAAAACGGCCGGCUAGAAGAUAAAAUACGGGAAAUCAAGACAUCAAAUGAAGAAAAAACAGAACAAAUAAAAAAGCUAGAAAAUGUGGAAAUAACAAGAAUACGUGAACUGGAAGCUGUGGAAAAAAUCAUGGAGAAAACACUUUUACAAAUUCUUAAUUUAGAACGAGCUUUAUAUGCAUGUGAGGAGCAAAAUGACUUAACAAUCUUGUGCAGUGGUGAAAAUAGUCGCAUAGAUAGGUAUGACGAAUUAUCUUCAACGUUAAUGCACAGAUUUGAACGAGUUUUGGAGAAUAUCCAAACUCAAUUGAGAAAAGCAAAAAAGUUGGGAAAAGACCUCACUGAUGCUGAGACUCAGUCAUCUAUAUACCGAGCGGAAUUACAAGCUUUGGAGAUUGCUUAUAAGAACCUGGAAGUCGAAUGCGAGCAGUUACUCAACCAGCUUUCCCUUGUAACUUCCAGUCGUGAUGAAGCGCUUUGCAAAGUUGCCGAACUCUCCGAAUCUUUACUGACCGCCGAGGAGAACGUGGAAAGAACGAAAAUUUUGCAAAGCGAGGAAAACUCCAAAAUCGCGCAAGAGUUACAGAAAAUGCAAAGAGAAUUGACACUGGCUUGUGAGAAGUUCAACUGCAGCAUCUCCAAGGCUAGAUCCCUAGAGGAAAAGAUAGUGAUCAAGGAAAAACGCAUUGCAGACUUGGAGGAAUCUUUGAAAAUCUCUGGUAUUAAUGACAGAAUGCUUCAAAUAAAGGUUGCAGAGCUGGAGACCACAACGGAAAUAAUCUUUAACACAAACAAGGAACUGGGAAACGCGGAAAAAGAAUCUGAGGAAAAAAUAGCAACGUUGCAAUUUAGCUUGCAGCAAGAAAAAGUAGGAAGAAGCGAAGACAUUACGGAAAGAGCUGCAACUAUACGGCAACUGGAAUUAAAGAAUGAAAAUUUGGAGCGACAAAUCAUACGAUCUAAAGAACUACUGACAAAAACAGAGAAGACAACUACAGGACUGCAAAAGAAGAUAGAAACUUUGCAAAGUAGAUAUAAAGAAAAUGAAACAGCUUGCAGCGCUGAGAUUGCAGAUUGUCAAUCUACAAUCUUAAAACUUCAGCAAAGUAUUUUAAACCUGGAAGAAGAUACCAUUCGUUUUAGAAACGAUAGUUAUGUGUUGGCUAGGACAAAUGAACACCUGCUGGAAAAUAUUGCUAACGUUGAAAAGGAAAACAAGGACCACAGAAAUAUUCUAAAACAAAACAAACAAGAGAAAGAAAUUCAGAACAAAAGUCUUGAAAAGGUAUUUGAUGUAACAUUGAAUGAGGGAGUAAGCAAUGACAUAAACGAUCAGAGUAGGAAGCUGGAAAGGGCGAUCGAAGUGAUUAAAGACUUAAAACGUUGCAAGGAAACAUUGAGCAAAGAGAAAGAAGAUGCCUUGGAAAAUGUCUUGAAAUUAAAGAAAAAGAACGAGGAAAUCCAUAUGCAGUGUCAAACUAACUGUAAGGACCACGAACUGUUAAAAGAACACAGUAGUGAACUUACCGAUCUAAUAAAGAACCUCGAAAAUGAUCUGGAUCGAUCUAAAGUAAAAUGCAAACAGCUAAACACCAAAGUACAAGAACUUGAAGAGAAUGUAGAAACGCUAAAAGUCAAUGAAGAUCAACAACAGUACCAAUAUCAUGUGUUAGAGAAAGAAAAGGAAGAUUUGGAAAAUGAAGUAAUCUGUAUUGAAGAAGGAACAGAGAAACUUAUUGAAAAACUUAACGAAUCAGUACAUCUUCUGCAUGAUUUUGAUCCAAACACGACCAGUGGCAACCUAGACGAUAGUGGCAUAGGUACCGAGGACAAUUCAGUACAAAUUAUGUCCAGUCGUGAACAAUUAGAUAGUGGAGUCUUUAGUCCCGGUUUUGAUAACUCUAUUACAUUUCCUCCAAACUACAAGUCAGAAGAUGUAAAGGUAGGAAAUGAAAAGAUGCGACAGUUGGAAACGGCAGUAAAUACGUGCGUGCAAAUCAUGUCAAAAGUCGGUCCAGCGUUUAAUGAGAAAUCAAAGUUCUUUUCUAUUAAAGAACAACAACUUAUUGAAGAAAUACGAGUGUUGAAAGAAGCGUCUGUUCAAAACGAAGAUAUGCUUUCUUCUUUGGAGGAGGAAGUUGAAAGACUAGAGUUGUCACAAAAGUCAUUACAAGAAACGUACCAAGAAAAAGAUGUAAACUUAAAGGAAUGCCAAAUGAAGUUAGAACAUUCGAUAACAAUCGCUAACGAAAAAGAAAUGUCUAUCACGAUUUUAAACGAAUCAGUCCAGGAAUACAGAAAACAACAAGAAUCCUUCGAAAAAGAACUAACUAACGCAAAGAUGGCAAAUGAACAGCUGAAUAAAGAGAAAUUACAGACUGCUAUUACCAUUCAAGAUUACGAGAGAGCAUUCGAAGAACACAGACAACAGUGUUUAGAGAGUGAUGCUGAGAACGAAAAGAGAACAAAACGUUUACGUUUAAAGAUAACCGAACUUGAGAGUCACAUUUUAGAAAAGCAAAAUGCACAUUUGGAGCUUCAGAAUGUCUGUACAACGCUUCGAGGAACAGUGAACCAGCUAAACAACCGAGAAAAAGAAUAUUCAUUAACAGUCACAUCGUAUCAAGAUCAAGUUCAGGACUUAGAAAAACAAAAACGCGAAGAUACGAAACAAAUGGAAGAGCUGUCUCAAGAACUAGACAACCGUAAGGAAACAAUCGUGACGCUUGAAACCAUGUGUCAGGAAACACAAGCGUCCGUCAAUGAACUCAAGGAAAAACUACAAAAGGCGAGUACUGAUCACGAGGAAUCUUGCAAGGAAGUUAUUUAUUUUAAAGAAAAGAUUAUUCACAUAAAACUUGAAAGAGAUUCGUUAAUAGACGAUGCAAAGAUUAGAAAGGAACACAUCAAAGAGAAAAAAUCUGCAAUUGAACAUAUUUCGUCCGAAUUAAGGGAGAAAGAUGAAAUACUAAGAAAAAGUGAAACGAAGUUGAAACUCGUCGAAGAAUUACUUCAAGAAAUUAACAAAACCAAAGAUAAUUUGGAGAAAGAUAUUAAUGAAAUCAAGGACGAGAACACUGACCUGAGAAAACAAAUAGAACUACUAAAAAAUGAAAACAAAUGUUUUCUUGAAAGAUUAGAGAAAAAGGAGGAAGAGAUUAUUGAAAAAGAUAACUUGAAUUACGAACUUGAUAAAGAUAAUAAUGAAAUGAAAUACGAAUUGCUAGCAAAAAAUGGUGCACUCAAAGAAGCGAUAGGUGAAUUACGUAUGUCGUUAGCGGAAGCGAAAAGAAUUAACAACGUAAUUGAAGAUUUAAACCAUUUGUUUGAUUCAAAUACUGGACAUAAUUACUCCACUACUGACUGUCAAGAAGGCAUGGAUACAUAUAAUAAGAUUUUAUUAAUUGGGAGAAAGAUAAAUAAUGUAUCUCUUGUGUAUCAGAAAAUUGCAGUAGAGCGAGAAAGCUUUCAGAAGAAUGUGGAAGAAAAAGUGUCCCUCCUACAGAAUGAGAGAAGCGAGAAAUCAACGCUUGAGAGAGAGAAACAGCAUCUGGAUGAAACAGUGUCUGCUUUAUCCAAAGCCUUCGCAGAGGUAAAGUUGUCGUUAAGAAAACAAGAGCAAGAAUUAGACCAAAACAGAAAUGAACUCAGCACUGAAAAGAAAAGUAAUGACGAACUUCAUAACGUAAACCUGUCUUUACAAGAACAAGUUAAAAUGCUCGAAGACAAUGUUUUAUCUAUAUCCACACACGCUGAGAGUCUGAAAGUGGAUCGUAAGAAUCUUAAAGAGUCGCUUAUGAAAGCACAAAACCAAAUGGCUAAAUUAAAUUCAAAAUAUGAACAAUUGAAUGUAUUGAACGAGGAAUUAAGAGCCGCCAAGAAUACAAUAAAUGAACUGAAUAAUUUGCAAGAUAAGACUAUAACUGCUAAAGAUAAUGCUGAAAAGGAGUUGGAGUACACCCAGAAGAGAGUGGCAGAUUUAGAGACAUCACAGACAGGACAAAUAAAGCUACUGAGUGAUACACGUGUUACUUUGACACAGGAGAGAGAGAGAAUUGUAACAUUAACAAAACUUGCAAGAAUGAAAGAACGUGAUCUGGAAAAUGCUAAAAUGGCGAUAAAAUUAAAAGACGAGUUGAUAGGACAAAUGAAAGAGCAAAUAGAAGAAAUGAAAGACACAAGUUCAUCAACCAAGGAAGAACUUGCAAAUGCAAUAAAACAACUCACAACUGUUCAACAACGAAAAGAAAUUUUGUCCAAUGAAAAGGUUUGUAAAACUGACUUGUAUUCAUUCAUUGAUAUGCCAGUGUCCAGGUUAAUCGUACCAGACGUUGAACACUCUGAAAUGACAAUCAGUUAACAGUUAAAAUCUAACUGACGUCAUUACGGUGCUGAACUCCGAUGCAAAAAAACUUGUUGCAAGUGAACACUAUCAAGUAAACAUUAUGGAAUCUCAUUUGCAUGUAACAAAAAUUCAAAUAUCGCAAGAACUAAUAAACGAAAAAAAUAAUCAUUUUGUGUCUGUUUUAGGUUACCCUUUGGAAAGAUUGUGCUGUGCUGAAAGACCGCCUGGAACAAAUACAAAAAGAGAAGCAAGCGUUAGAAAUGAAACUUGACGGCGAAUGUAAGAGGACGUCGAUGUCGUUAGAAAAGCUGGAAAACCAAAAGCAAAUUAUUAAUGAUUUAAGAGAUGAAGCUAAACUACAGAAACAUCAGUGUGAACAACUUGAAAAUGAAAAAUCCAAACUAACAAACGAAGUAAAAGACAAAGAAGAGACACUCGAGUUCGAAUAUGAAGAACUACUUGAGAAAUCUCAUUUUCAAAAGAAAAGUUGGGAGAGUACUUUACUUCACAUGAAAAGUGAACUAAGUUUGUCCGAGAAUCUUAGAAGUAAACUUGAAGAAAGAAUUGCUGGAAACGAAACGGAUUUAUCGGCUCUACAAGAUCACAAUUUCCAGCUGCAGGCAGAAAUUGAAACUUGUGGUGAUACGAUCAAGGAACUAACUAAUCAAAAAAAUAACCUUAUCACCGAAACCAAAUGUAUGAAAGAAUCUGUGAAAAAUAUGUCAGACGAAAACAAGCGUUUGAAGAAUGGUUAUCAGAAAUUACAGCAACAGUUAGAAAUAAUGAAGACAACUCUGGCUGGAAUGGAACGUGAAAAUAACAUUUUACAAAAGAAGAUAUUAUCUGGUAAAGAAAUUAUAUUCACACUUAGAAACGUGGCUUUGAAUUCCAAAUCAGAAAUGAACGAUCUCAAAUGUAAAGCACUUGAAAAUACACAGAACCUCGAGAAAGUAAACAAGGAAUUGGCGCAUGAACGAAAUACAGUAUCGACGUUGAUUGAAGAUAAAACAAACCUUGAGGAAUUGUAUCGACGUAGUCAAAACCUGGAGAAUGACGUGAAAAAAGAUCUAGAAGAUGCAAAGUUACAGAUAAACGACAUAAGAAAUGAAAAUCUUAAUUUGAAAAAAGAAAAUACAUCACUUAAUUGCAAGCUUCAACAAGGAGAAAAGAUAAUAAAAGAUUUGAAGUGCGACAUCCAGACUUUAUCUGUGGAGAAACUGGAGAUAAACAACAUGUUAACAAAAACAAGACGGAGCCUUGAAAGAGCGAAUGAAGAUUUAUAUCGCGUGUGUUCAGCAGUUGCGAAGAUAAGUACAACAACAAGGACCAUGCUAAAUGAAAUCCAUGCCAAUGUUUCUGAAUCUCAUUUGAACAUUUACAGUCAUGAAGAAGAGAAAAAUAAUGAAUCGUCAUGUUCUUCCCCUAAACCGUUCGUGAUGCGCGAGAGCUCAGCGACAGACGCUGUCUGCGAAGAGCUGUGUACUCUAGAAAUGGCAUUGGGACAAAUUGAUUCAUCAUUCAAACAACUUCUUGAAAUUGAAACGACGCUGAAGAACAAUAUCAAUGAACUCACUUUUGUGAACAAAAGAUUAAGUGACCAAGAUGAAAAACAAGAAGAGAAAGCGAAAGGUUUACAAGAAAAUCGAAAAAAAUUGCUUCAAAAGAACGAGCAGCUUCAAGCUCAAAAUAAGGAACUUGAAAAUUUAUGUAAAAAGCUAAAAGAGGAAUGUAAAAAAGUGGAGGAAUUGCUUUCGAAUGAAUGUACAAGAACAACAGAAAUUUCGAAUGAAUUAUCAACUUUGAAAGACGAGAAACAAAGACUGUGUGAGAAGAAUAACCAACUUGAAGUAAGUCUUGACCAAUGCGUGAAAGAGAAUGUUGAUUUGAACGCCAAGCAUGAAGGACUGAAGGAGAUUGAAGCUAUAUGUGAAAAACUUAGCAGUUUAGAAAGAAGUCAUGCGACACUUAGCCAAGAAAAAAGAGAAGUCAAUGAAACAGCAUUCAAAAGAAACGAACAAAUUGUUGCACUGGAGAACGAUCUGGAAGCUUCAGUUGAAUAUUCAGAGUUACUAGAAAGACGAUUUACUGAGGAAAGCGAGAAUAAUACUAGUCUCCAACUGAGAGUGGAAACGUUAGACAGCCAAGUCUGCGGUCUGGAAGAUAACCUGAAAACAUCUCUAAGUCAAAUCAAGGAAAUGAAUUCCAAGGUCGUGCUCAUGGAUGAAGAAAUUCGUCAGACUGGCUUAGUUUUGUGUGAGAAAGAAAAAGAAAUUUCUCGAUUGAGCGAGGAACUGAAAAGAAAUGAUGAAAAAUUAAAAAAAAGUACCAUUCAAGCAGAAAGUUAUAAGACAGCGCACGAGGGUAUCCUAAAGUGCAAAAAAGAAACUGAAAACCAGCUAGAACAAACAGAACUAUUGUUAAAACGAUCAGAGAAAUUGCUUCAUCAGGAAAAACAAUUAACAAAUGAUUUCACAACAGAAAAAGAUCAUGUUGAGAAAGAGCUACAAUCCACCAUCAUGAAGCUUCAAGAAAGAGUUGACGUAUUGAUGUCCGAGUUGUCGGCUACUAUGACAAAUAAACAAACUGCAAAAGAAAAUCUAGACUCCGCACGCGACACCAUCAAACAACUAAAGAACGAAGUGAAUGAACAACUACUGAAGAUGAAAGAAUGUGAGGGAAACCAAAAGACCAAAGAAGAAGAAUUGGAUAACUUAAAAGGUAACUACACCAGCACAAAAGCCGAACUUGAUAAAACGCAUAAAGAAAAUGAGGAGUUACAUGAAGAUAAUCGAGAACUGCAAGAAGUUGUAGAAAGACUGGAGGCUAAAAUCACACUCCAUAAUCAAGGAAGUGAACAGAAAUUAAAAGAAAUUGAAAAUCUGGAAAUCCGAUUUUCUGGCGAGAAAAAAGCCAAAGAGAUUCUUCAAAGUGCGAUCUCAACACUACAAAAGGACUUAGACUUUUUGAAAAAACAGAACAGCGAAAAAAAGAAACAGAUUGAGUGUAUUUUGGAGAACAAAACAGCGGAAGUCGAGAAAAUAUCUAAAAAUCUUGUGGAAGAAAUAAAUAAAGCCGAAGAACUCCAGUCGAACCUCAAUACAAUGAGAUCCGAGAAGAAAAAAUUGGAACAGAGGAAUGAAGUUAUAUCUCAAGAAAUUUUCACGUCAUGUCAAUCGUUGAUAAAGGAUUUGGAAUCAAGUGAAUUUGGGAAAUCAUGUGAUGACAGCCUCCUUGAAGGUUCUGAUAGUGUAACCGAUCUUUCCGAGAUGCGUGGUAUGGUUUGUUCAUCGCAUACACUCGUGAAGGAUCAAAUUAACCAUUUAAAUACGAAGUUAUCAGAAUUGAACGAAAGAUUAAAAGAAACUGGAAAACAAAAUGAAACUUUAUUGGUUGAAAAAACCCAAUUAGAAGAUGAUCUUCACAGGGUUAAAAAAGAAAGUGAUGCGAUACAAAUGGAUCGUAAUUCAUUGGUAAAGACAUUCGAAACUUCUCAGCAUUAUCUUGAAUUAAAAAGCAGCAAAAUUCAAACAUUGGAAGAUGAAAUUAACGAAUUUCGACAGCGGGAAAAAUGUCUUCACGAAACAACUAAAGCUAAGGAAGAAGAGUAUCUUGUUCUGCAUACCAAAAUGGAAGUAAUCGAGAAAACGAAAGCCUCUUUGGAGGAAGAGGUUGAUACACUGCAGUUGAAACUUGGCAACACCAUAAUUGAACUAACGACUGCGAAAACUACCAAUGAAGUUUUAGAAAGCAAGAAUAGUGAGCUGAUCUUCACAAAUUCCCGUUUACUUGAUGACCAGGCUUCUCUCCAAAAUAAACUCAAUGAAGCAGAAAAGGAAACCAAAGAGCUUUUGGAAAACCUUUCUCUGAAAGAAAAUGAAAUUUCGAGAUUGAAAACGGAGACCCACGCGACAGAGAAAGGGAGAAUUGCCACUGAAAAAUGUCUAGAGCAGAAAGAAAACGAAUUAUCUCAUCUUCAGGACAAUUUGAACGAAUUAGAAAGAAAGAAAUAUGAUUUAGAAAACGAAAUAUACAAGUUAAGGGAAUUUAGUAAACAAAUAGAAAAAGAUCAUGAAGACCUACAACAAACGAAUUCGCAGAUACAAGCAGAUAACUACCAACUCAGACGUGAACUGGAAUGCGAACAAACUAAAAAAUUAACGGAAGCAACUCGUUUACAAUGUCACCUCGAGAAAGCACUUACUUCACUGGAAAAACAACAUUGUAAACUAUGUCAUGUGCAGAACGAGAAAGAUAUCGUUCAGAAUCAAUUGCUGGAAGCUGAAAAAGAACUAACAGUGUUGAUGGAGGACAAUGCUAAUCUAAAACACCAAAUGUACCAGAGCAAGACGACCGACAAGGAUGAAUUGUUAAAAAUUAGAUAUCAGGUAUAUAUAGAAUUACAGUUAAUUUCUGUUACAAUAAAGCUUUUAGGUAAUGUUAUAAGCAAUGGUAGAACAAGUCCGUUGGUUAAUGAGCUAAGGUCACGUCGUACGCAGGAUACAAAAUUCACACCGUAAACAAAUGACGUUUAACGAUUGAAAACGCCUACUGUGCUCGACGAAAUAAUUUUCCGUCUUACAAUACUUUCAUUGUCAGUUGUUUCUUUCAUUGCAGAGUUUAUUAGUUUAAUUGUUGAUAACCCCCGCCCCCAACCUUUAUUUGUACUGCUCGAGCAGAUCACUCAGCUAAAUAGUUUUUGUGUAAAGCUGGGAAGCUUGUUUAAAAAUUAUACUGUAUAUCCACACCGGGCAAGAUUGAAAAAUUUUCCAUGACCACGGUGGGAACCUGACCUGACCGCGUAGUUCAGUUGGCGGAGCAUUGGGCUGGUAUUCCAAAGGUAGGUUCGUUUCCCACCGUGGUCAGGCAUAUUUUUCAAGCUUGCCCGGUGUGGAUAUACACCUGAGUACAUUACCCAACACGGAAAAAAUCUUGUUUAAAAAUUGCAUAUAUGUUAGCACCAGUGCUCAGAUUUCAUAUUUAUUAUAUAACGCAAAUUUAUUGCAUUUUCAACCAUUUUUAGGCAUCUGAAUUACGACGAAAGGAAAUGACUCUAUCAGAAGAGAACAAAUAUUUGGCAGACCAACUGCGAGAAAAGUCAGCAGAACUCCAAAGAUUAAAACUUGAAGAACAAAAGGUUAGAAGAGAGAUGGAAAACAAUCGUGAAAAGAUGAGGAGAUAUUUAAAUGACAGAGAUAAAUGGGAAGAGGAGGUGAAGUCGGUGAUUACAGAAAUUGGUCACAAGGAAAAGGGUGAAUCAACAUUGCAUGGCGCAAACGUAAAACAAUCUUUACCAACCGAAAUUUAAUAUUAACAACACAAGUAAAACAUAAACACGUCUUGCAUUAGAGAGUUUGAGCAAGACAACGAAGUACGAAGACGAAGGCAUACUUGACAAUUUUUGCCGUCUGUACAUUAUCUUGCGCAUACUGAGUUGGACAUCACUGGUGGUUGCACAACGUGUCUUCCCAUGUGUCGCUGUUUAUGAAUACUGACCAUAAUUCUUGCCCUGAUCCAGAAAAAAACAGCGAGACUUGAAACUAUAUCCCGUCUUUGUCCUUCUGCCUUCGUGCAGAACGAAGUUCACAACGAAUUUUGCCAAAAUAUUCGUUGUGAACGAAGGCAGAAGACGAAGACGGGAUAUGGAUUCAUGUCUCGCUGUUUUAUCCUGAUCAGGGUAAGGAUUUGGGUCAGCAUUCACAAACAGCUAGACAUGAAUCUCUAAUCAGUCUUCACUCCUGACCCUAAACUCAGAAUGCGCAAGGUAAUGUGCAAGACAGGCAAAAAUUGUCAACCACGUCGUUGUCGUCCGACUUCGUUGUCUUGCUCAAACUCUCUAAUGGCAGUGUAGGACCUAAAACUGUUGAAUAUAGGUUUUGUAUGUUGUUUAGUUUGCAUGUCAUAUUUAGCGAGUGUUUUUGUUUUGGUACUGUAAUAAAAUCUAAGUGUGGAGGUUCUGAGCCCAAGUAGGAACUCACGGAGUGCUAGGCAGGUGUAAGUCUUUUAAGGGGUUUUACUAGGACACAGCCAAACGAUUUAGUUAUAGACGUAAAUCUAUGGAUAUCGUUGUAAUUAACAAAAAUACUGAAAUAGAAUUAAUGUAAGAGCGUUAAUUAAGGAAUGUAAUAAAAAGCACCAUGCAUUUUUACAGUUAUUGUACAUAUACAUAUAUAUAUUAAAUGUAAAAAUAAAAUAUAUCAUUCUUUGCCAUUUUUCUUUUUUUAUUACUCAGUCAUUAGUAACUUUUUACAUUCAUCUAUACAAACAUCAGCCACGAGUGAAAAAUAUAUUGUUGGAUUCCAUACUAUACGUCAUGGCAACAAUGUUGGUUGGUACAGGAAUAGAAUUAUAACAAUACUUUUUUAUGUUUUCAUUAUUUUUUAUGCUAUAUGGGAUAUAUGUUAAUCAGGGUGUUAGCCAGGAUUUCAAAAGUGGCCGCCCAAAAUAAUUUUGUGGGCGUGGUCACAUGCUUUUGGGCGUGGCCGCAAUUUUUUGUUGUUGUGGAAUUGUGGUGUUCUAUUCGUUGAACCUUUUUACUUUUAGAUGCACAUUUCAGUUAUUAAAUUACUAAAAGCACGCGUAUGGUAUGAACCGUGUGAUCACUACGAUGUACAUACAGUAUAUGCUAUAAUGAAGAACACAAUACAGCAGUGUAGUGUUUAGUUAUUUUUUUAUCAAUCGCCGAUAUUUUUCCCUUUUUUUAUGCGUUUGGCUCAUUUUAUAGCCAUCUUUACCGUAACUGUAACUAUAAAGCACAUGGCGCUCGAGCGAUAAAGCGAUUGCUGUUUUUUAAAACGGCGGUUUCAAAUUAUUCUCCUUGAUACUUCAUGCGAGAAUCAUCAACAUGGUUACAAAAACAUGGCGCGUUUGUCGGUACUUCAAUUCAGCCAUAUUCAGCGUGUUUUCGAGGGGAAAAGUAUGAAAACAUACACAUAAGUAAAGUAAACAGCAGAUGACAACAAUUCGAAGUAUUCAAGAAAUAUUACAAAGCUUGUAAUUUAAAAUUGCUAUUUAAAGAAAAUACUCCCUUAGGCCGUCCAUGGCCGUCCAUUAAAAUUUAGCCGUCCGAAUUCAGAAGUGGCCGUCCGUAGGACGAUCCGACGGCCGCCUGGCUAACACCCUAAUGUUAAUAAAUUCUUGCCAAAUUACAAUCAAACUAUGAAAUCAAACUAACAAUCUCUUAUAAAUUACAAUUUCGACGAAUUACCAACUAUAACAACGGCUUUCCCAAAGUUAUCUCCAGUAAACAGUUCAACAAAAGCCUUUGGAAAGUUUUCAAAGCCAUAUGUGAUGUGUUCUUUUACUAUUAUUUUGCCCUAAAAUUAUACAAUAACUCAAUGUGAAGACUGUAAACUUCUUUUAUGCUUGACUCG